UGCUGAAGGUCAUGUAAAAGUGGUCAGAGGUAAUGACCAUCUGCUCCUGAAGAGAGAGAGAGAGAGAGAGAGAGAGACAGAGAUGGAGAUUUAACAGAUUGUGCGUCAGCAGACGGGAGUUUGUUAGGAGCAGGAUAAAGGAUUCCACUGGGAAACAUCCACACCGUGUUUUCCAUCAGACCGCAGGAGAGUAAAUCACCAGCAGCGAAGUGAACCAGAGAGACACGGAUAACAGACAGAACUUCACUCAUGCCGGAUGAAAUCACGAUGAUGAUGUGGGAAUAUUUACACAAGUGUCCGCAGGUUUAGAGCAUCACUUCAGGACAUGGAGUUUGGACGGAUUUAUUUACGAUAUAAAAGAGCAGCCCUGCUGUCAUUGAUGUUCAAACUGGGUUUGUUCUGCACCGUCACGUCUGAUGUGUGUCUGUCAUCUCCAUGCCGAAACAACGGCACCUGCGUACCUAGCUUGGGCGGAUACCUGUGUGUCUGCCACCUCACGCCGCCUAUAUAUGCAGGAGUAAACUGUGAGCUUUUAUACAACCCGUGUGAUAAUGCAGGCUGUCCCUCCACAUGCAUCAGCACUCCAGGAACGGAGAACUACACCUGUCUGUGUCCCGACGGGUUUGACGGACCCAACUGCACCCAGAACAUCAAUGAAUGUGAGAGCAGCCCCUGCACAGGGGUCAAGAGCUACUGUGUGGAUGAAGUUAACGGAUAUUCCUGCCACUGUCCCAGCGGAUACAGCGGGGACGACUGCAGGACGAAGGUGCGAGACUGUGCGGAUGACCCGUGCUACAAUAACGCCACCUGUGUGUGGGCACCAGACGGGUACGAGUGCCGGUGUGCGCCGGGCUUUCAGGGUCAAAACUGUGAAGAAGACAUCGACGAGUGUGUGUCGCAGCCCUGCAGGAACGGCGCCAUCUGUCAGGACGGUGUUGAUGUGUAUCACUGCUACUGUGUACCUGGUUUCCAAGGUUACCACUGUGACAUUGACAUCAAUGAGUGCGCAUCCCAACCCUGUGAGAACAACGGGACGUGCAUCAACGGGAAGGACCGGUACAUCUGCGAAUGUCUCAUUGGGUUUACAGGACUGAACUGUGAAGUUGACAUUGAUGAAUGUGAGGCGGACCCCUGUCAGAACGGCGCCACCUGCCACGAUCACGUGGGUCUGUACACCUGUGAGUGUGUGCCGGGAUACGAGGGCAUUAACUGUGAGCUGGACAUCAACGAAUGUGAAAGUUCACCCUGCCAACAUGGAGGGACGUGUCUGGAUAUGAUCAACAGCUAUGAGUGUGACUGCAGCGGCACUGGAUUUACGGGCUCUUUCUGUGAAGAAGACAUACCCGAGUGUGUGUCGGACCCCUGUCAGCAUGGUGCCACCUGUCAGGAAGGAGUUAACCAGUAUACCUGCCUCUGCUGGCCAGGCUACGAAGGCGAGAACUGUGAGCUUGACGUGGACGAGUGUGACACGCGGCCGUGUGAAAAUGGCGGCGAAUGUUUCCAGAGAUCCGACUCCAGACACUACAGAGUUUUGCCGGAACUGGACCGUGAGUUCAGCUAUGAGAGCGCAGCUGGAUUCCUGUGCCACUGCCGCACUGGAUUCACAGGUGAAAACUGUUCAGUUAACGUGAAUGAAUGUGAGUCUGCGCCGUGUGAAAACGGAGGCACCUGUGAAGAUCUCGUCAAUGCAUUUCAGUGCUCGUGUCCUCCGGGGUUCACAGGUGUUGUGUGUGAGAUUAACGUGGACGAGUGUGAGAGCGACCCGUGUCAGAACGGAGCCCUGUGUGAGGACGCCAUUAAUGACUACAUAUGUUACUGUCCAUCUCCUGCGCCGGACCAGCUGCCCUGGGGCGGCCAUGACUGUGACGUCGUAUUGACCGGCUGUGCGGACGACCCCUGCCAGAACGGCGCCACCUGUGUGCCAUCACUGCAUGGAGAUGAGCAUGGACACACCUGCAGAUGCCCUUCUGGUUUUCAUGGUGACACAUGCGAAAUCACCACCACCUUCUCCAUCACAGCGGGAGGUUAUCUGGUCGUGGAGGUUCCGCACCGCAACAGGACCCGCAGGCAGGCGGGAUCGCAAGGGUCGAGCGUCCAGCUGAGGUUCAGGACGACCUUGCCGGAUGUAAUUCUCUUCUACCGGGGAAGCCAAGAGCACUUUUUUAUACUGGAGCUAAUUGGUGGAAAUCUUCUCUCCAGAGCCGAAUCGGGAGACUUAAAGCUCGCUGUGCAGUUAAGUGGGGAUUUCAAUGACGGACUCUGGCGUAAAGUGUCUGUUAGUGUGGAUGAGAGACUGACUCUGACCCUGCUGUCAGAGAACAGGACCGCUGAGGAUGGAGGUCACAACCAGCUUCUGUCCUUCCAGCCGCAGGGUUUGGAGAAAACGUACAUUGGCGGGGUUCCUUCGGAGUACAUCAACAACACGGAGACCAGGAUGGGAUUCGUCGGCUGUUUCGAGGAUCUGCUUGUGGAUUCUCAGCUGGUUCUUCCUCAGAACUUCAGCUCAGAGCCGGACAUGCAGAUGGGCUGCGAGAGGAGCGAACGGUGCCGUCCGGACCCCUGCUCUGAGCGUGGCCGCUGCGUAGAUCUGUGGACCGACUACAUGUGCCACUGCCACAGGCCGUUUUAUGGACACAACUGUUCAGAAGAGCACUCUUCAUGGACGUUCAGUCACGAGCGCAACAGAAGCUUCGCUGCGUUUCCCAUCACCCAGAAGCAUGGCGCUAACCUGACUGUGUCCUUGUGGCUGAAAUCACGUCAGUUAAAUGGUCUGGUCUUUCAGCUCCAGCAUGAGAAUCAAGCAUAUCUCACUCUUUUUCUAAAAAAUGGCUCAAUGUAUAUUGCGAUAUACAACUCCAUCAGAAGGGCCUCCGACUUCCUGACCGAUGGGGAGAAGGUCUUUGUGGCUAUUAAAAAAGAACAAGGCGUUAUAGUAUUUAAUCAAACGCAGCAGAUAUCUGUCAGUUACAGUGAUUUUGAGGUAGAGGCAGGAGAUGUGGCGUAUCUUGGUGGACUUCCUGAAGGCGAGAACAAUGUACCGUGGGGCGGAUAUUUCAAGGGCUGUAUGCAGGACGUCCGCAUAGACGACACACAGCUGUACAUGUACUCGGGGAGCAUCAGCCAGAAACCACAACAUCCAAGCUACUUACCAAGAAACUCGUCUAAUGUGCUGGAGGGUUGUGUGGGCGACCAGACGUGUAAGAUGAAGCCCUGUCAGAAUGGAGGGAAAUGCCGGGUCAUCUGGAAUGACUUUGUGUGCUCAUGUCCGCUGAACUACUCCGGGAAGACGUGUGACACACGUGUGUGGUGUGUUAGUGACCCGUGUGACUCUGGGACUCGAUGUGUGGACUUGCCUGAUGGUUAUGAGUGUUUAGCCAACGCCACAUUUGAGAGUAAUGCUUUGAAGUUCAGUGCCAACGGCUCCUUGUUCGCCCCCGUGACACAUAUCUCAAUGGAGCUGCGAACGCGCGAGGAGAACGGGACGCUGUUACGCGCCUCCAACCGUCUGGAGUUCUUCUGCGUGGGGCUCCUGAACUCCUCGCUGAUCGUGAAGUUUCGCGAGGGUAACAGUCUGGAUGUGCACGCUUUCACCAGCGACGUCCCCGUUUCGGAUGGAGAAUGGCAUCAAGUGGAGCUCUACACGUCCAGCUCGCGGAUCGCAGCGUCCCGUUGGCUCCUCUCUGUGGACGGACAGCCGGCCGGAUCCAGCCUGGCGGCAGCUGGCAGCACAGACUUCUUCAACUUCUCCACCGUGUGGCUGGCGCAGAACUACACCGGCUGUUUGGGCGAGGUCCGGAUCGGUGGGGUUUAUUUACCGUUUUCCGGACGCCUGGAGGAAGAGGCGCCGCAAACGUCACAGUUCAUCCGAGUUGGCGGGAUGGCGGAGCCUCAGCUGGGAUGCACCAGCACCCGCUUGUGUCUUUCCGAGCCGUGCCAGAACAACGGCACGUGCAUGGACCUCUUCAAUCUCUUUGACUGCAAAUGUGCCCCGGGAUGGACGGGCGAACGCUGCCAGGAGAACGUAGACGAGUGCAGCCAACGGCCCUGCGUCCGGGGACAAUGCCGGGAUCUGCCGGGGGACUAUGUGUGCGAGUGCCCUGCCGGAUACAGUGGGAAGAACUGCCAGGAGGAGGUGGACAAAUGCCAGGAGCAUCGCUGUGAGAACGGAGGCUCCUGUGUGGCUGCAGUCACGGGAUACACCUGCGUCUGUCCACCUGAUCACACGGGCCCGCUCUGCCAAUGGCGUUUCCCUCGUCGUCAGUGUGAAGUGGAUUCAGAGUGUGAGAAUGGCGGCACUUGCACUGAGGGAUUCUGGGGAACGAACUGUACCUGCAAACGAGGGUUCAGUGGAGAGAGAUGUGAAGUGGAUAUAGAUGAAUGUGAGUCGGACCCUUGUCUUAACGGAGGCACGUGUGUAAACAGAGCCAGUCACUACUUCUGUGAGUGUGUGUCGGACUUCAGCGGAGAAAACUGUGAGAAUACGAAGCAGCUGCAGAUGGAGCGCGUCCCGUGGCUGGUGGUGGCCGUCCCGCUGGCGUGUCUCGCCGUCCUGCUGGCAGCGGUGGGGUUGGUUUGCAUGGUUCUCACCACCCGGAAGAAGCGGCAGUCGGAGGGCACCUACAGCCCCAGUCAACAGGAAGUCGCAGGAGCCCGGAUGGAGAUGGGCAGCGUGCUUAAAGUGCCUCCAGAAGAAAGACUGAUCUGACAUUGGUUGCCACACUUGUAACCAUGUCAUUUUAACAUUUGAAAGAGGCAAAGCCAACAGGUGUGGCUUUUAUGUGUCAAGGCACGUUGAGCAGAGCUUCGUGUGCCUUCGGUGGAAGGACAGUGGAGAAAAACCCGGCGGUUCUCCAUGGGUUCACUACAAAUAUGAAUGUGCACUGCAAAAAAUGAGUGUUUGUCUUGUUUUCCACUACAAAUAUCUAACUUGAGGGUUACAUUUACUAAAGAAGCAAAAUGACUUAAGAUAUUAAGUCUUUUUACUGAAAAAUUGAGGUGAGGUAAAAAAAAAAAAAAUCUUGUUUCAGGGUUCGUACAGUCAUGAAGUUUUGGAAAAACAAACAAACAAACCCAGAAAGUCAUGGAAAUUUAUUUCACAAAUGUCUGUAUACAAGAAUAAAUGUUUAAUUGAUAAUAUUGGACACAUGAUAAUACUUAUCGUUACAAUAUACUAUGAUAAAUUUGAACAUGGAUGUUUAUUCUUAUUUUACUUGAAUACAUAGACUUUCAUGGAACAAUAGGUCAUGAAUAUUCAUGGAAAAGUAAUUGAAAUUUACUGGUAAAAAUGUGUUUGAAUGCUGUUGUUUUCCCUAUUCUCCUAUUCUUAAUUUUGAUGACUUUUCUCAGAAAGCAAGACUUAAAAUUUAAGUCAUUUUGCAUCUCAAGUAAACAUAUUUUGAUUUGAAAAAGACUAAGCAAGAAAAACAUUUUUGCAGUGCGAGAAAUAUAAACUGUGAUCACUUUCCGUAUAUACAAUCAUUUCAUUCAUAGUUUUCAGUCAUGUGACUGAAAACAGGCCUGUCAAUUAUCAAUUUGUCAAGCCACUAAUAUUUAGAUCAUCUUGCUAAAGAAGAAAAAUAAAGACGUGAACAAACUGCAAGUUUUGGGCACUUGCGAAUCAUAUACAGCAUCUUCCUCACAAAAAACAGCUGACAUUUUAAAACACUUAACUUGAUCGGUGACAAUAGCCUCGUGGGCAGCACCUACAUGUAGCGCGCAGUUGCGUUCAGGCAUCCCGAGUUCGAGUCCCCAAAUUUCUUUGUUCUGCUGUACAAAAAAGGAAGAUAUUUGGAAGAAUGUUUGUAAUGUUUGCCCCCCAUUGACUGCCAUAGUAGGAAAGAAAGAUACUAUGGUAGUCAACGGGGGUGAGAUCUGUUUGGUUACAAGCAUUCUUCCAAAUAUCUUCCUUUGUGUACAACAGAACAUAUAAAUUUGGAGACUCGAACUUGGGACGCCUGAAGCGCAACUGCGCUACAUGUCAGUGCUGCCCACAAGGCUAUUGUCAUGUGGUAUCAUGCUUUGCAGCAUCAGGGUUUAAUUAAUGGUACUUGUGUAUAAUGUAGCUUGUGGACAAAGGUGUAAAUACACUGUUAUUGUACCUAAAUGUGGCCAUCAUUUAAUAUUUUUCUUCCUCAUGUAUAAUGAAAAGCAUCUACUUAUGCUAACAAGUACAAGAGUAUGAUAUCAUUGAACAUGAGACACAAAUACUAAAACUAAAAUGUGAUAUUUUAUUAAUGAUUGCAAAGAAUAGAAAGAUAUUUUAAACACAGUAUUUUGUAUGUCAAAAGGCCUUUAAAUAGAGGCAUGUUUUGGGAUGUGUUUUAUAUAUAUAUAUAUAUAUAUACAAAAAAUUGAAGCAUACACUGUGUGCCUUGCUGAUAUACUCAAAAAAUCAAGAAUUUUGUUUUCAGAAUCCACUUUUUUUCUUUUUCUCCAUUUCCUUUAGCAAGGUUUUUAUAAAAUGCGUUUUGUGACAAAUGUUAUUCUACACUGGAUUGAUUUUAGAUAAGUUGAUCAAAUGAUGUAACAGAUAUAAUGAACAGAACAGAAGGUUUCUCUGUGUAAACGGUCAGUAUUUUGGUUAAAUCCACUUGUGUUUCCACUGGAUUGACAGAUACAGUAUUCUGUGUUUCUCUGCUGUUACAGUAUUACUGUGAGAUGAUGACUUUGUAUAUUUUUAUAUUAUGUUGUGUCAUUUAUACUGUUUCUUUCUACUUGAUGUACAUUUUUAAAUCUUAUUAGAAGACAAAACCGUCAUUUUAUAUUGCUGUAUGUGACAUUACUGAAUGUGGCGUUUGAGUGGGUGAAAAAUUAAAAUUUAUUUAAUUUUAUUACAUGAACCAUCCAUCUGCAAAUGCAACUGAGCUCAUUUCUCUUUAUUUUUUUUUUUUUCAUUUUUCACUCAAACUGUAAAAUGUAAGUAAAAUGUAACUGCAAUAAGGUUCCAUUAGUUAACAAUGGUUAAUACAUUAACUAACAAAGAGCAAUACAUGCAUUUAUUAAUCUUUGUUAACGUCAACUUUUCACUGUUAAUUCAAGUCAGCUCAGGUCCAUUAAAUAAUACAAUCAGAUACAACUUUUGAUUUUAAUUAUGUAUUAGUAAAUGUUGAAAUUAACAUCAACUAAGAUUAAUAAAUGCUUUAGGCAUAUUAUUUAUUGUUCGUUAAUGUUAACUAAUAUGGUCAACUAAUGUUAACAAAUAGAGCCUUAUUGUAAAGUGUUACCAAAAUGCAAGUAACUUUGGAUAAAAGUUUCUUUAAAAUACAUAAACAUAAUGUGUGAAAAUCCAA